AUGAAAGCUUUAAUAGUAGUUACUUAGUUGUAUGUCGUAAUUUGUGGUAAGUUUAUCUAUUACUGAGAGUAGUAUGGGAAGUAUACAAGCAUGAAUUAUAUGACGUGGCAUCAAGUAGUGAUUGGAUAGGUUUAAAUUCUGAUUCAACUCUGAGUUCUUUAACAACAAUAGACUCUACUUUGUGCACUUCAGUUUCCUCCACCUAUAUAGCAGGUGGGAAGGAUAAGAUAUGGAGAAGAAUUUUAUUGCCAGCAAACCGCAAGUAUUCAGGAAUAAGAAUCGAAUUGGACUUAUAUUAUAUUGAUUUUUGGGACAACACCAGAACGAUCAUAUAUCUGAAUAACGAGAUCAUUUAAGAUAGCACAUUUAAAUCAUCCUCAGCGACUCCAUCAGUGGUGUAUUGCCAGAUUCCUGGAGGUCCUAAUUCAGUUGAUGAUCAUUUGGACAAAGUAACUCACAGUUCAAAUUUUACAGCAAACCAAAUUAAUAUCGAAAUAGUUAAGUUAGGAUUGCCAAUAACGAGAAUUUUCGGAUUAUCCAAUUUUUAUUUGUAUGUAUAGUUCUGUGACAAAUACUGUGACGUAUGCGAUAUAGAUGGAAAUUGUUUGACAUGUGAGAACAACAUCCAAAUACAGAAAGGAGACUGUUAGUUUGAGAAUCCAAAGAAAUUAAAACUCUAUAACCCUGAUUUAUAAUGGGUAGAUGAAUGUCCUUCUGGAUAUGUGCCAGAUUAUAAUAGUUUAUGUUAGCCAGGGACAAAAACGUUACUAUUUGAAGAUUUGCAGAGUAAUUUUGCAUCAUACUAGUUUUAUUUAAAUAAGGACAAAUACUAUUCUGAUAAAAAUGAUAAUAGUUAUAGAAUAAUGGAUAUUGAUGGAGUGAAGAUUGCAGGUCCAUUUAUGUAUAAUGAGGAAUUAGUUUAUUCUCCUUUGUCCAUAAUAUCGAAUUCUCUGAUUUUAGUGAAAUUUCGAUUAUAUUUCCUACAGUAUAAUCAAUCACAACAAGUGGGAGGUCGAAUCAAUGUGAAAUUUAAUGGAUUUUAUGUGUUAGAAUUAAAUGACUUUGAGGAUGUUAUGAUUUUUUCUACUGUUGGUGAAAGCAAGGCAAAUCAAGCUAAUUAAUGUUAGUUUGCGAUUUUUCAACGCUGUUCUUAUAGGGAUGUUUAAUUUAUUACCAAUUUGAAUUAUGAGAUAAAUAAAUUGACAUUUGAAGGUAGAUUCACUAUAAUCAAACCAUAUAGAGGUUGGGGGAUCACUAAUUUUCAGAUUUUCAAAUUGACGUAAUCAGGAAAUGUAAAUGAGUGUUAAGGUUACUGUUUGACUUGUAAAUCAAAGGAUAAGAAAUCUUGUUUAUCUUGUUAAACUGGAUACUACUUAUUCGAUGAUAAAUGUGUUUCUCAAUGUCCACUUCAAACAACUUAGAUUGGAAGCUUAUGCCAAGAAGAUGGGAUGGGGAGUACAUUCUAAUAUAUUUUUAAUUCAUUUUACGAUAACAACAAUUAUCAGAGCGAGAUGACCAAGAUUAAAUUAGAUUCACCUGCCGGUUCUAAAGACAUGCCAUUUAGUAAAUUUACUUAUGGAAUGACUGAAUACUCAAUUUUGGGUGGUCUAUCAAUUUUCGAUGGAAUGCCACAAACAUACAAAUUUACAUCACCUAAUUAAUUUUAUAAGGCAUACAUAAAGAUGAAUGUAAUUGCGAUUGAUUAUUCAACUGAUGAUAAGUUUAAAAUUACCACAAGUCUAACAGUACCAGCCUAUUAUGUGGGAUAAGCAGUUGGAGAUUAAUUUCAAUUUGUUUCGGUUGGGAAUAAGAUAGGAAAGAGUAACUUAGAAUAUCAUGCAGAAGUAUUCAUAGAGACUCCUUUUCUUACAACUUCAACAAACUCAUUUUAGAUCACUUUUCAGAGAAAUGAUGCUAUAGGCCUUCACUAAUAUUUUGGCAUAUACAAUUUUCGAGUAAUGGUAGAACCAUGUCCAUAAUUCUGUGAUAGUUGUGAUAGCACAGGAUGUUUGCUUUGGUAGAUUAAAACAUCUUUAUCAUCUGGUUCAUGUGCCAUUGGGUAUUACUAUAAUUCAAAAUUUGAGGAAUGUUAAUAAUGUUCAAAUGGAUGUUUAGUUUGUCAGUAAUACUCAUGUACAACCUGUUAAGCUGGAUAUAUCUAUUAAAAUGGAUAGUGUUUUUGUAGUACGAAUCUUGAGAACUUUUCAGUUUGUACGACCUCAUAAAAUUGUCAAGCAGGAUGUUUGGUUUGUGGAUAGAGCUUACAAUUAACAUUAUUAACUAUUUCAUCUCCAACCUAUUAUUAGAACUGUGCUAAAUGCGAUGAAUCUAAACAUUAUUGGAUGGAUAAAGAUUAAUGUAGAUGUUUGGAAGGCUAUUACAUGGAUAUUUCAGUUUGUUUGCCCUGUUCUAAGUAUUGCAAGGCUUGUCAAAAAUAGCCUAGAGUUUGUACUGAUUGUGAUGCGACAUUGAAUCGAGAAUUACACUAUUAAUAAUGUGACUGCAAACAAGGUUACUACGAGCAAGAGAACUUUUUAGAUUGCAGUUAGUGUGAAUAAACCUGCUACACUUGUCGUUUCUUCGCUAAUUACUGUACUAGUUGUUAUCCAGAUUAAUUUAGAACCAUUCUCAAUAGAAAAUGCGAAUGUUAAGAUGGCUAUUUUGAUGAAGGCAUCUCUAUUUGUACUAAAUGCAAUCCUAAAUGUUUAACCUGUUCUAGUCUAACGAAUUGCUUAUCCUGUUACACCUCUUAAAAUAGGAAAUUAAGUAUCAGAAAUAGUACUUGUAUAUGUAUGUCUGGACAUUUUGAAGUUGAAAAUCAACUCGGUUGUCAAAGUUGUCACUUCUCUUGUCAAUAAUGUCUACCUUCUCCAAAUAUUGAUAUGUGCACUAGAUGUCCAUCUUCCAGAGAACCUUCCAUCAGUUCAACUGUCUUUGCAUGUAACUGUAAAAGAGGCUACUAUGAGUCAAACAUGAAGGAAUGUUCAGAUUGUAGAAAUUACUCAAAUCCCCCAACUACUCAUUAUUGUUAUAGUAAAUGUGGCGAUAAGAUUGUCUAAUGGAAUGAAGAUUGCGAUGAUGGUAAUUCAGAUCCUAAGGAUGGUUGCUAUCUGUGUUUAUUACCAAAUUCAUACUGUUUUAAUGCCUUAUGUUCUAAAUGUGAAAUGGGAGUUUGCGUUAAAUGCAUAGAUGGCUAUUUUAUUACCAAAAAUAAUUAAUGUGAACGUUGCGAUUAAUCCUGUUUAACUUGUGUCACCCGAUAUGAUAAUUGCACUUCCUGUGUCUUAUAUGAUACAAAUCAUACAAAAUGCGUAAUGUGCUAAAUUGAUAAGGGUUAUCAAAUAUUAGACAAUAGUUGUGUGUCCAUAUGUGGAGAUGGACUCAAAGUAGAUAAAGAAGGAUGCGAUGAUGGCAAUGACAAAAGUGGUGAUGGAUGUACUGAAUGUAAGGUCGAAGAUGGGUGGAUAUGUGAAAACACUUGCGAAAGAAUACUCUAUCCAAUAAUUCAACUGACCGAAUCUAAAUUCGAUACUUAAUAUGACGGAGUUAGAAAUUUAGAAUUAACAACCGAUAUCAAACUCAAAGUUACUGGAAAAGUUGAUAACAUAUGCUCGUUUUCAUUUAAGGACUCUGAGUCUUUUGAAAUCUUAAGCUCUGAUUUUUAAACAGAAACCAAAGAUGAUUACAAUAUUUUAACCACUAUUCUGAAACUCCAACUCAAUGAUAGAAGUGAAAACCCAAUUUUAGUAUGUAAAAUACUCAACCCUGAUAAGUAUAUCAGUGAAUAAGGGUUCACCUUCAAAGAGACAUCCUUUGAAUUCUCCGUGAUACCAUUUUAUAAGUAAUCUCAAUCGGUCAUCUCAGCAACAGAAGGUCUUCUGAACUUUAGUAAAUAUGUGUUGUAUGUACUUUUGGGAUUAGCCAUAUUUGCAUUUCUGGUUGGAGGAAUGCAAAUCUUCUGGAAUUUACUUGAUAUCUUGUAAUUGAUUUCCUACUUGCAAUAUUUCAAUAUUUUGUAUCCCUAUAAUGUCGAUACGUACUUCUAGUUAUUUGAUUUUGCUCAAUUCGAUUUCAUCAAAAGCGUAGUCAAUAUAGAGGAUAUUAUCAAUAAUCAUGUCACUUCUCCAGAGCCAGAUUACAAGUUUGCUUUGUAAGGGUAUUCCACUACCUUUUAUAUCAACUCAGUUGCUGUUUUGACAGUCUUCUUGACAACUUUAGCAAUCUUUAUCGGUUGUAGAGUGGGAUUCGUAUUCUUAGCUAAGCUCUUACAAUACUACUCUGAUGAGAAUGACACCUCUUUAGAAGAAGAACCUAAUGUUAUCAAAUUCAUUUUGUUUAGAAUCAGCAGAAACAUUUCUAAAAUGUUCCUUAACAUUAUUGGAGAGUUCUCUUCAGGCUUAAUUAGAACUUUCAUGGCUGUAGCCUAUGAUUACAAUCUCUCCAUUUUCUUGCAAAUUAGAGCACCCAAUUCAGAUAAUGCUUUAUUGCAAUCCAGCUUUGCUUUAAGUAUAAUAUUUUUAAUACUUCAACUGUUCUUUUUGUUCAAGGGUUUUACAUUCAUGAGCAAUCAACCAUUUUUCUAUCAACAAUUCUUUAUUAAAUAGAAAUAUGGAUCCUUGUAUGAGGGAAUAGACAUCUAAGCAUCCAAGCCUUAUUCUAACUAUUACAACCUUGUCCUCCUUUGCAAAAAGGUACUUUUCAUAUUCUUUUUGGUUAAUCUUUAUUAUGAUGCAAGCUUGUAAGUCAUAACGUGUUCAAUGCUUAACGUGAUCUUUUCAGUUUACAUCGUAUAUAAUACUCCAUUAGAAGAUAAAUAUGAAUUUUAUAAGACUGUCGGAUCAGAAUUUUUUAUUUGGUUAGCUGAAAUCUUCAUUUUAGGAUUAUACUAUUCUUAGUAACAAGGCCCAGAUGAGAGUAAGGAAUUAUUAAUAGGAUGGUUUAUUAUUGGGGCUUGUACAAUGUUGAUCAUAUAUCAAUUCAUUCUUGAUGUUAAGCAACAUUAUGAAUUCUUGAUAAAAGAGUACAAGAUUAUUGCUAAAUUACUCUCAAGAAUUCGAAGUUUGUUUCGAUAAGAAGAACAUAGAGAAGAAACUUAAGACAAUUUAGUUGAUGUUAAAUAUAGCAAAUAAACUCUAAGAGGAAAGAUGUCAACUCAAGCUACUUUAGGAAUUAAACAAAGAAAAUUAAUCACCUUUAAAUUUGAAAAAUGA